AGAGCUGCGCAAUGUCAACAGUAGAUCCGAAAAACGUGAAGGAGAAGUCGCUUUCAAGAAGAAGAAGGAGUGCACAUUAAGUCAAGCAGGAACUACUUCCUGAUAUUUAUUUCUUUUACAUUUAUUUAAGUGAACGUCAUCGACGCGGGAUGCCUUUCCUCGGACAGGACUGGAGGUCACCGGGUCAGAGUUGGGUUAAAACCGAGGAGGGAUGGAAAAAGACAUCAACAGAGGACAAAAACAACAAUGUCUCCGUGGAGAGCUUCUGCAAAGCCGAGGAGGAAGAGGAAUGUUUCAACAAGGAGAACAUGCUGCUCUCUCUCAGCUAUGACAUGGCUGCCAAGAAGAGGAAGAAAGACCUCAUGAACAACAACACCAAGGUCCCAUAUUUCCACCGGGAAAUGUGGAUUUAUGUUCAUAAAGGAAGCACCAAGGAGCGCCACGGAUAUUGUACACUGGGAGAGGCCUUCAACCGCUUAGAUUUCUGCAGCGCCAUCAAGGACACCCGGAGAUUCAAUUACGUCGUCAGACUCCUGGAGCUUAUCGCCAAGUCCCAGCUCCCCUCGCUCAGUGGAGUGGCGCAGAAAAACUACAUGAAUAUUCUGGAGAGGGUGGUACAGAAAGUUCUAGAUGACCAGCAGAAUGUCCGUCCCAUCAAGGAGCUGCUCCAGACACUCUACGUCUCACUGUGUGUUCUGGUUCAGGACAUGGGCAAGUCUGUGCUGGUGGGUAACAUCAACAUCUGGGUGCACCGCAUGGAGAACAUUAUGCAGUGGCAGCAGCAGCUCAAAAACAUCCAGAUCAACAGGCCGACAUCCUCAGGCAUGUCUCUGACCGACCUGCCUGCCAGUCUGCAGCUGAACAUCAUGCAGCGUCUGUCGGAUGGCAGAGACCUGGUCAGCCUGGGCCAGGUGUGCCCCGAGCUGGAGACCCUCGCUGAGGACCGGCUGCUGUGGAAGAGACUCUGCCAGCACCACUUCACAGACAGACAGAUCCGAAAACGCCUCAUGGUGUCAGAUAAAGGUCACCUGGAGUGGAAAAGGAUGUACUUUAAGAUGAGCCGCUGCUACCCUCACAGAGAGCAGUACAGUGACACCCUGCACUUCUGCACACAUUGCCACAUCCUCUUCUGGCAGGACACAAAACAUCCCUGCACAGCCAACAACCCGGAAAGUUGCACGAUGUCGCUCUCCCCUCAAGACUUUAUCAACCUUUUCAACUUCUGACACCCCCCCCCUUGAAUCCAGAUGAACUGAUGUACAUACUGUACAUAGAGAUGUACAAUGUUUUUCUUUUAUAGCACAAUGAAUCCCUGGAUGUGUAUUUAGUUGAGGUAUGACUGGAGGCAUUGGGACAAUUAUGCAAUGGAGAGUUUGUUUUGAUAGAGCACAGAGGCCUCUGGGAGAGUUCACUGUGAGAGUGAGUGAUUGUGACGGAGAGGAAAAGAGAUGUAGCAGCAGUCGAGGUGUGGACGGAGGAGGGAAGCAAAGUGGAUAAAGGGAACACUCUGCUGUCAGUAUUUAGUCUUAGUUUACUGUUGUUGAGAAAGAACAUCACAACAUUUGACCUUUUUCCCAAAUUUCAAGAAUUUGUUUUUAACGUUUUUAUUCUUUUUGUCGACACAGAAAGUAGAAAAUGACACAAACCCAUUUCCUUAAAGUUUGUAAGUGUUAAAUGUAUACUUUAAGGCUGGAGUAUUGAGUUGCUGGAGUUCCUAAGAGAUGAUGGAUGUAAGCGAGGGAGUCAGUAACUGCUCGUUAGACUGAGUGAUGAUUCCUUGAUAUUUAGAUGCACCAUAAUGUUUUCUAUUUUUCUUGUUGUUUUUCACUUUUUAUAAAGAUUUGAUAUGACUUUUUUUUUUUUAUUCUUUGUGUGUUCAUUUCCGGCUGUGGCUGCUUUAGCAACAGCGUCUGAGUGCAGUAUUACCAAAACAUCAGAGUCAGUUUAACAUCGGUGUGUGUGCCUUCUCAUGAAACUUGAAACUGGUACAGCUUAAUCCUUGUUUAUGUUUUUAGAUCCUGAUGCUGUUUUGUUUUUCCAUCAUCAGCAAUUGUCUCAUCCACGGAGAGAGUGCUCUUUAAGAUCUGAGAGACCUAAAUUGACUGUUUGCAACAUGUUACUUUCUGUAGCCUCCUGCAUGAUUCAUUUUUUUUAAAUCACCCAGCUGGGUUGACUUUUAUUUAUUGAGAUUUUGGCAAGUGGCUCAGCUUGCACUAUUGGGUUUGAAGGAAUAGGAAUAAAGAUGCAAUUUGACCCAGACUUUCCUCUAUCACUGCUCAGACAGUGAGGAUUGAUGUACAUGCUAUGCAAUGCAUUCUGUUUAUGUUCUGUUGAAUAAAUAAAAUAAAUAAUCUCAACUCUG